AUGGCACGCAAGGUCCCCGAAGGCCUCUACCAAAAGCACGCCGACGACUGCAGGUCGUGGAACAUUUUGGUCGCUGACUUUGACACCGAGGCCCUGCGCGCCGCUGCCUGCUCCAUAAGUCCCGCCGCGCCCUCGGUUGUACUCCGGACCAUGGCGGUCGCGCGUGCCCAGCCCACGAUUCUCGAGUCGGCCUUUUGGACAACCGCGGCCGACAUUGCACCCUGA